AGAUGUUCGCAUGGAGAAGACACUUUUUGUGAAGAACAGAAGAGAAAAAAAUGCACACUUUCAGCUAAUUUUGUUGUUGUUGUUGUUGUUGCUUCAGGAUACGCGUUCCUCCUUUUCCAAGAGGAGAGCUCUGUUCAGGCACUGAUUGAUGCCUGCAUUGAAGAAGAUGGAAAGCUCUAUCUAUGUGUUUCCAGUCCUACUAUCAAGGACAAGCCAGUUCAGAUUCGUCCCUGGAACUUAAGUGAUAGUGACUUUGUGAUGGAUGGUUCACAGCCGCUUGAUCCUCGAAAAACAAUUUUUGUUGGAGGCGUCCCUAGGCCAUUAAGAGCUGUGGAAUUGGCUAUGAUAAUGGACCGUCUCUAUGGUGGAGUUUGUUAUGCAGGAAUUGAUACUGACCCUGAGCUGAAAUACCCCAAAGGUGCUGGGCGUGUUGCAUUUUCCAAUCAGCAGAGUUAUAUUGCUGCCAUUAGUGCUCGAUUUGUUCAACUUCAGCAUGGCGAUAUCGAUAAACGAGUGGAGGUAAAGCCAUAUGUGUUGGAUGACCAGAUGUGCGAUGAAUGCCAGGGUGCACGAUGUGGUGGAAAGUUUGCUCCUUUCUUUUGUGCCAAUGUCACUUGCCUGCAGUAUUACUGUGAGUUUUGCUGGGCAAACAUCCACUCUCGUGCAGGUCGUGAAUUCCAUAAGCCAUUGGUAAAGGAGGGGGCUGACCGCCCACGUCAGAUCCACUUCCGCUGGAACUAAGCAUAGUGAACCAGCGCCUACAUAAGGAAAGAAGGGUGCAUGUGGCUUACUGUGUUUGAAGAUACUGACAUGCAGAAGAAAUAAGUGCAUUCUUCUGCUUUUCACCCCAGCUAUCAAUACAUGCAUCUUUAUCAGCAGCCAAAACACUACAAGCCUCUUGUUUUUCACCAAAACCCUACAUCUCAGGCUUACUAAUUUUUGUGAUAUUUUCAUGUUAAAAUAAAAUGUUCUUUUGUAUUUUCUCCAAGUUAUUUUUAUAUGUAAAGUUAAAAUUAGAUAUGAGAAUGUUUUUGCGUAGGGGCACAAAGUCUGCUGCUAUAUUUAGUGGGUGAAGCGUGCACUUAUUUCUAAACAUGCGUUUUUAACUUCAAGAUCUGCCCCAGUAAUUUACCAAAGGUAGCAAAAUAGUGAAGAUGGAAUAUGUCUGCUACAAAAAGCUUAUUUUUAUUGUUGCUAUUUUCAGUGUAUACAUAAACUAAAAAUUAGGGUUGAUUUUUGCUCUCCAUUUUGACUUGCAAGAAAUAAUACCUCAAGAUAAUCUGAUUUAUUAGCUAUUUUUAAACACUUUUAAUCACAAGCUGUAUUAGCUAUGCUGCUAUAUAGGUGUUAUGUGUAAUGCCACCUAUUAAUACGGGAUUGAAACGUUUGAGACACUGCAUUACAGAUAAAAUGCAGGCAGCACAAUAUGGCCUAAACUGCCAUAGUUUUAGAAUGUGAAAAAACUGCAUGUUUACUUACCUGUAUACACCAUAUGCAUGCACUAGAACUGUUAAUUAACAAGAGAUGAGUUAUUGCAGAUGUUCAAAAAAGGCUCUCUUGAAUUUAGGUAGCAUGAGCAAAUUACAAAAUUUGUUACAAAAAACAAACUUGCAUGCAUUAUUGUGACUCAAGUAAAAAAAAUGUCCAUGUGUACAAUAUGCAAAUUAGUUUUAGAUUAGAAAGUGCAGCCAUUUUGUGACUUGGUCGGUAGUGGAAUUCGAUUUAUGCAGACUGGAUGUAAUACUGUAAUCCCUGUGCAAUUUUGUGAUGUGUGAUUCUAAUUAAUGUGGAGUGUUGUAGUAUAGACAUGAGUUUGAGUAAAAAGCUAGAAUUUUACAAAAAAGUUAAUUUAAACCCCCUUGAUUGUUCAUGAUUAAGAUUUCCUCUACAAACCAAAGAUGGCCAGCACACUGCUAACCAGUCACCAAAUGUAAAACCCAUGCAAAAUACAUUUUUAAAAAGGUAUACUUAUAUAAGAAUGCAUUAUGCUUUAGUAAUUAAAUCUAGGUAAAGUCAAAAUGGAGAUGGUAUAAUAUACAGUCGGCUAGUUGCAUAACAAACUAAAUUUUACCUUUAAGACAACAGUGAAAUCUGACUUAAAAAUUUGCUUACAUGUAUGACCUGUGUGCAUUGUGGUCUUCUGUCAAACUGGGGUCACUGUUGCAUGAAACGUAGCUACUUGACAGUCAAGUAUAGUGUUUUUAUUUUGAUGAAGGAGUUCUAGUAAUGACCUUGCUUGCAAAUUUUGAAAAAAACAGUUUGGACAAAGGCAAUAUUUAAUACAUUUCUUUGGUACUGAACCCUAAUAGACAAAAAUACUGCUAAUGAUUCUUCUAUCUCAGAGCAUUUUUAAUGCAACUAGCCCCUACAUUUUAAUGGAACAGAGAGAGAUUCUGCAGUCUAAGCAAGCACCCAACGAUGGUAAAUGUUAAAAUGCAGAAUUAAGAGUCUGACUCUAAAGAGAUGAAAUUACAAGGGUAUUGCUCUUUGCAAUCCCUUG